AAACGAAAGGGGACACGGGGGAGAAAAAAGUUAUUCAGUUUUCUGCUGAGUUUGACACGCUAACCAUCUUUCGCUCUCACUAGUUACUACAGACUAAAGAAGAAUAUUUUCUCAUUCUACAAUUUUGGAAAAGAGUGAGACAGUUUAAUGGAAGGGCAUUGACGUGCUUGUAUGAUGCAUGAUAAUCAUUGUUAGAUGUUUUAUGGUAAGGAUUAAGUGGAAUCGCCUGGAAGACCUGGAUUUCGAUGUUAAAGUGAAGGCGGUUUUGCCGUUACGUCUCUCCUCCGGUAUUCAAUAUGGGCCGGUAGUAUGGAUUUCACAGACUACGGAGAGGGAGAGCGCGUCGCGGCAGUUCGGAACUUCCUAUAGCUUCCCCGCAAAGGAAUAGAAGUUCAAUGACAAGCGGAUCGAGGAUUGUAGUUGUUUUAAUUUUUUUUAAAUAUUGCAGUCAAUUUUAGUUAGUGUGAAGGGAUGGCUGGAUUGGUAUUCUUCAUAGUACUGUGCGGUCUGACGUUUUUUGGAAAUGUAAGGAGCAAGUCCUACCCGCAGCGCUACAACCUGUAUGUUGGACAGACCCAGGCCCAGGCCCAGAUACAGACCCAGAACGGCGCUCGGGCGGCAAGCAGACACAGAAACUGGUGUGCUUACGUGGUGACUAAGACGGUAAGCUGUGUGGUGGAGGACGGGGUGGAGACCUACGUCAAGCCUGACUAUCACCCCUGCACCUGGGGAAAUGUGCAAUGUUCACGUGUGCUGAUGUACCGCACCUACAUGAGGCCUAGGUACAAGGUGGCUUACAAGAUGGUGACAGAGAUGGAGUGGAAGUGCUGCCAUGGAUACAUCGGGGAAGACUGCAGCGAGGGACCAAUUGGCGCUGGGUCGGGAACCCCAAUUGCCACGACCCGACCAAGACCCAGACCAGGACAAACUGGUACGGGUUCUGGUCAUGUGCUGAGUGGUCGAGGAGACAAUGACAAGAUGAGUCAGCUGGAGGACAAGAUCCAGAGCCUGACCAAGGACCUCCAUGACCUGCAGUCCACACUUAGGGGCAUGAACGAGCGCUUCCAGGAGGAGUUGCGCAAACCAGGCUUUACCGCUAGCUCCGGAGGGGGCAAGAACCCUGCAGACGCAGCCCAACCAGAGAUGAAAGAGACAAUCCACAGCAUCCAGACAAAACUGGACCAGCUGGACAACCGGACCCAGCUCCAUGACAAGACAUUGGUCAGCAUCAACAACCACCUGGUCAACGGGAAGGGCGGGACGGGCAACAAUCUAGGGGGGGCGUUUGUAGGCGGUGGUGUCAGCAGUGGACAGCUGAACGCACUUAAGGAGGAGAUCCUGAGAGAACUAGAGCGGAGGGUGUCACUGUCCUGUUCCUCCUGCAAGGCUGGGGUAGAUGACCUGCGCAGACAGCAACAAGAGGGCCGUGAGAGGAUCCGUGCACUUGAGAAGCAGCUGAACGCAAUGGAUGUACGCUAUCGUCUGAGCCUGGAUGAACUGAGGAGGGACCUGACCCGCUCGCACGGCUGCUGCGAUACUGUCAAUGACCUUAAGACACGAGUCACGGAUGCCGAACGGAAGAUCAGCUCUGCGUCAGAGAACUAUGACAUCAUACAGAACCGCCUGGACAAGGAACUGUUUGGUUCCAAUGUUGGUGGUUUUGGAGGAGGACAGGGAGGAGGAUUUGGCGGCAGUGGAGGUAGUAUAGAAGGCACCAGAAGACCAGAGGACAGACUGGACAGCAGGCUGAGGGACCUGGAGAGGAGAGUUAACAACACAGUCCAGAGGACUCCAGAGGAGAACUUUGCCUACAUGGAGAAGGUCCUGAAGGACUACUUCCACAGGGAGCUGGGAGAUUUAAAGACAGUGUUCCUGGAUCGUUUCGAUGACCAAGCUUUCAGAAUCUCAGAUGUGGAGCUGGACCUGGGCUUGGUGAAGGAUAAGGUGUCAGAUCACAACAAGCGGCUGUUUAGUCUUGAGAACAACACCUCCCUCUUGAACAGGAGGAUGGAGGAGUGUGGCUGUGGGGGAAUCCAAGAAGAAGGAGGGAGCAUUGGAGGAGGAGGGAGAGUAUAUGGAACUGGGGGAAGGGAUGAAGGUGGAGGAAGAGGAGGGGUAGGGAGAGGAUUAGGAGGAGUGAGAGGAGAUAGUGUUGAUGAAGACACAGUGAAGUCCCUGGAGUGGAAGGUAAUCGCCAACGAGAAUGACAUCCGCCGCUUUGACACUCGUCUCAAAGAUCUCUCCAUUUCUGGCGACUCCCUCAUGGACAAGGUUGUUGACCUUAGCCAAGACAUCCUCAGGAUCAAAGCUGUGACAGGGGAGAAGGGAGAACACUUAAACCGCAUCGUCACUGAGAUUGAGAUGCUAGGCAAUGACUGUGACGCCUGUGGGAGGGUGGAGGAUGAGUUGAGGAAGCUGAAGAACCACACAUUGCAUACCCUGAACCGCUGGCAGACAGACAUAAAUGCUAUCCGGGUCAAGGACUCCAGUCAGAACUCCUGUUCCCAGGUAUGCUCUGACAUCCAGGAAGUGGUGGGGAGGCUGAGGGAAGACAUGGAUAAGUGCACUGUGCAGUGUAAGAUCGGCCCAGACACUCUAACAGGCACUGGGGGAGCAAGAGGAGGAGCCGGAGGAACAGGAGUCGGUGGAACAGGAACUGGAGGAGGAAGGCUGGUUGAACCUCAAAAGCCCCUUGAUGGCCACAGUGUGAUUGGGGGCACAUUCAACAACAACCACCUGAAGACACUUCAGGGUGAGCUGUCGGAAGUCAUCCUGACAUUCAGCUCCAUUAACGACACAUUGAAGGGUCUGGAACACACAGUUCAGAAGCACAGCAGCGUCAUAACUGACUUGGGAAACACCAAGGACAAGAUCAUCUCUGAGCUUGAUAAGAUCCAGCAGGAAGUCAACGAGCACAUUGAGGAAAGCCUUGACCGGUUGGACAGAGUUGACAGGGACGUACGCCGUUUUGAGAGAACGCUGGUGGUUGAGAUUGGUGACUGCAAGCGUUCUUCCGACGGGCUGGAAAAGAGGCUAUCCAAGAUGGAAGGAGUGUGCGCAAGGCUGGACGGAGUGUCUGACUCGCUAGCAAGGAUUAAAGAUGGACUAAACAAGCAUGUGUCAGGGCUGUGGAACUGCGUCAAUGGGCUAAACGCAACUGUGACCUCCAAUGGAAUGGUCAUCCAGGACAUAAAGACUACACAGCUUGAUGGGAUCCAUGGGAAUAUCAAGGACCUGAACUCCACCGUCAACAACCUGCUCAAGGAGUUCCACAGCCUCCCAGAACACAACCUCACAGGCCUACCUGGACCACCUGGUCCCCAGGGAGAGAGGGGCUUUGCUGGGCUACCUGGGCCCAAAGGUCCCUACGGACCUCCAGGAAGGCAAGGAGAGAUUGGUCUCAGAGGACUUCCAGGUUUGCCUGGUGCUGAUGCCCAUAUGCCAAAGUUGUCCUUCUCAGCUGCCCUCACAAACCCCAUGGUCAAUGCAGGAACCAUCGUCUUUGACAAGGUCUUUGUCAACGAAGGAGAAUUCUACAACCCAAGGACAGGUAUCUUCAAGGCACCCGUUGACGGCCACUACUUCUUUAGUGCCAUCUUGACAGGUUACUGGAAUGAGAAGAUCGAGGCAGUCCUUUCCAAGUCUAACUAUGGCAUUACCCGUGUGGACUCUGGAGGCUACCAGCCUGAGGGUCUGGAGAACAAGCCUGUGGCAGAGGCCAAGGACACCCCAGGUUCACUGGCGGUCUUCAAUAUCAUCCUACCACUCCAGAUGGGGGACACUGUGUGCAUCGACCUGGUGAUGGGCAAGCUGGCCCACUCUGUGGAACCUCUCACCAUCUUUAGCGGAAUGCUGCUUUACGAGAAGAUGUGAUUGUAGGAUGCAUGUAUGAAUGGAUGUUCUAGAGAAGACAUGGAGAGGAC